AGAAAUGGCCGAAGAAGAAAAACAAGGCGCACGUGAUAAACGUAGUACUUAGAUGGUAAUACGGUAAUUUGUGGCUGAAAAUGAUAUCCACGUGAUGAUAUAUAUUUAAUACAAGAAUGAACGUUGCUUAACAUUUUUGCUUUCAUUAAGGUGCACUUUGCCUCGUUAAAGUAUCAGGAAGUUACGAUAAGUGAAAAUGUCUGAUUCCAAGAAAAGGAGUAGAAAAUGGUAUGGGAACUAUAAAAACAAGAAGUACAAAGGGUCCCGAGAGCUGGAAGUGGGUAUGCAAGGGAUCCUGAUUACCUGCAACAUAAAUGAAAGGAAAUGUGUCUCGGAAGCAUUCAGCCUUCUCAACGAAUAUGCUGAUCAGUUAUACGGACCAGAGAAGUUUUCGGAUUCUGAAGAGGGUGACAGUGAUGUGGAGAGCGAUGAAGAUGAUGCAGAGGCAGCUCUGAAGAAAGAGGUGACCAAGAUUUGCACAUCUACACAAAAGAGGGAGAGGCGAUUCCAGGCACUGGACAGUGGAGCCAAGAAUGUGGUCUUUAUUAGGACACAACAUUUGGACCCCGCCCACCUGGUGCACCACAUUUUGCAAGACCUGCACACGACAAAGAAGAAGAAAUCCAGAGUGAUUCUGCGGAUGCUGCCUGUGAGUGGCACCUGUAAGGCCUAUCUGGAAGACAUGGAGAAGUAUCUCAGCAGCUUCCUGGAACCGUGGUUCAAGGCGCCCAGCCAGGGCACCUAUCAGAUUUCCUUCAAGGCUCGCAAUAGCAGCCACAACUGCAGGGAGGAUAUCAUCAAGGCUUUGGCGGGCGUCGUCGGGAGACUGAAUCCAAAGAAUAAGGUGGAUCUCACCAACCCCGAAUACACAAUCAUCGUCGAGGUGAUUAAAAGCGUGAGCUGCGUGAGCGUGGUGAAGAACUACAUGCUGUUCAGGAAGUUCAACCUGCAGGAAGUCGUGAAGCCGGACCAAGAACGAAAGCCUUCUGGGCCGCCGGACGGUGCGCGACAGGAGCCCGGCGGAUGCGUAGCAGAGGAUGCGAAGGCGGGAGCUACAGCUGAAGAUCAGGACGAACAAAAAGAAGCCGAAAAAGUGGCACCAGUGAAGGAUGAAAGUGGGGGUGGUAAUGGCGAAUCCCCGGGCCAGCAGCAGUGAGGGACGAUACACGUCGUCUUUGGUGUAACGUUAAGAGGGUAGGUUCAGGGGAGACACUUCUGUUUCUUAAUGACUUUUUAUUGCAAUUCUUUCAAGUUACUGGUUAACAUUUUCACACCCACAGCUUUACAGGGUUGUAUUUAGGCUACAAAAGGAAAAGGUUUUAAUAUCUUUGUGUAAAUGCUUUAUCUGAUGGAUGGUUUAUUUUAUGUAAAGCUACGUGCUUAAAUGUAGUAUGAAAGCUAGUAUUACUUACUUUAAGCCAGGAUACUUCAUUUUGAUAUCACCCUACUCUCCCCACCAGCACAUGCAGCUCUCGGAGGCUUCAUACUAAAUCUUGUGUGCCCUUUCAACAUUAUUCGGUUUUAAUUAAACAGAGAAAAACUACA